AUGGCUCACCACAAAGAACAUGUAGAGGUUUUGCUUUGGAGUCUCUACUAUGCAAAACUACUCUUGUGCUGUAGUUACAAUGAAGAUGGUAGAAAUCAGAGAGGACCAUGGAAAUGCAACUGGGAACAAUCUUUCCUUCCCUUGAUCCCAUAUCAAGAAUCACCCCGACACGAACCUCUUCCACGAUACUUGGACUAUCGUAACGCAUUUUUUCAAUUGCAGAACAGAAGUGACCUACAAGGCAAAAGAAGGUUACAACACCAAGAAUGGUUGCUUCUUCCCUUGAAAACCUCCAUAUGCAUGACCAACAUUAAUGCUGCUCUAGCAUGCACCGCCAUGUGA